AACUAAAACAUCACCUGUGGCCCACUUUCCUUUCUAUUUUCUAUAAUAAUAAAUAAAACCACCAGCAAAAUCAAACCUCGUUCUUCUCGCUUGAGUGUGUUAUGCUUAUGAGUUUCACCUUGGAUAUAUUACAUCAACAACCUAUGGCCUCAUUAAUGGAGACAAUUCAUCAACCAAUAAUACCUGGACUACCAGAUGAUUUGGCAUUGAGAUGUCUAGCGAUGAUAUCACAUGGAUAUCAUGGUAUUCUUGAAACGGUAUGUAAACGAUGGAGGAGGCUAUUCCACAGUGCAGAAUAUUCCAAUUACAAAGCUAGAGAAGGAUGGUGCGAGAACUGGUUGUUUGUUCUGACUGAAGGAUCUGGGAAUCAGUGGAUUGCUUAUGAUCCUGAAGCUGAUAGGUGGCACCCUCUGCCUAGGAUACCCAUGAGCCACCCUGAACAAGAGCAUGUUGGUUUCUCAUGCGUCUGUGUCUUGAAUAAAUUUCUUGUGAUUGGUGGCACAUAUGGAGAACGUGGUCCAAUAUUUCCUCAUCACAGAGCCCUGACCACAAAUGAAGUGUUCCAAUUUGAUCCUUUUAUAAAAGAGUGGAAGAAAGUUGCAAGUAUGAGAACACCACGUUCUCACUUCGCCUGCAGUGUUGUCUCUGGUAAGGUUUAUGUAGCUGGAGGGCGCAACUCAUCAUCGGGAGGAGGGCUCGCUCUUGCGGAAGUUUAUGAUGCUCUGACAGAGAAGUGGGAAGACGUACAACCCCUGCCAAGUCCCCAGCUGGACUGCAUAGGCCUACCAUACGAUGGAAAAUUCUAUGUUCUAACAGACCUUGUUGGGCUACUAGAGCAGGAUACGUCUGUUGUUUUUGAUCCGUCUGAUGAAACAUGGCAGCAUGUAAAUGAUAUUUGGCCAUUUUCAAGGGCUAUGCAUUUGGGAAUUCAGGUGCUUGAUGGUGGUCAGAUAUGCACAGUUGUAGAUUGGGGUGGGAGCUCCAUUAAAACUAGAGAUGUGGAGAACGGGGAGUGGCACCAUAGAGGUUUGGUUCCUCCUGUGAGUCUACCUGACCAUCCCCGGCCUCUAGAGGUGUUUGAUUAUGGAUUUGUUGCACUGAGAAAUGAAGUUUAUGUUUUGGGAGGAAGAGUGCUGCGAUGGGAGGAAACUGGGACCGGGAAGUUUAGCAUUGUGAGGUUGCGCACAGUUAGAGUGUGCAACCCACUGAGUUUGCCUUUAAGGUGGAGGGAGACCAGACCCAUGUGUGAGCCUGCAUCUGGCUCCAUACUAGGUUGCGCAUCCAUGGAAACAAGAUCUUUGUGAUUUAAGGUUCUGUUUCCUAUGUGCUGAUG